AUGAGCCAAGUAGCAAGAAAAUCAGAGGCAUCGGCGGACCAUGAUAAAGUAGAAAUGGCAGAAGUGAAUAACGAUGAAGUAGUACAGGAUGUGUUGACACCCCCUUAUUCAAUUGUAAAGAGAAGUGAGCAAAUAUUCCUUAUAAUACUUCUAUCACUAUGUGGAUUCUGGUCAACUAUUGCUAACACUAUAUAUUUCCCAGCAUUGCCUAUAUUAUCCGACUACUUUAGUGUCUCGGAGUCAGUUAUGACUUUAUCCCUUGUAGCAUAUUUGAUAUUCCAAGGUCUUGUGCCCACUGUGUCACUGAAUCUUGCGGACACCUUUGGAAGAAGACCAAUGAUGUUGAUAUGUCUUAUAAUAUUUAUUGCAUCGUGUAUCGCAUUGUCGAGAGUCAAUGUAUUUUGGGCACUUACCGUGCUAAGAUGCGUACAGGCAUCUGGAAUUGCGCCGACGAUAUCUAUCAACUCUGGUAUUGCGGGAGACGUCACCACAAGAGCUGACAGAGGAGGUUUUGUAGGAAUUGUAAGUGGAGCCCAACUAUUGGGGAACGGGUUCGGAGGGUUAAUCGGUUCCGGAAUAAUGAGUCUGUUUGACUGGAGAGCCAUUUUCAUCUUUUUGGCAAUUGGAUCUGCGGUAACUUUCAUAAUUGCAGCUUUGUUACUUCCCGAAACAAACAGGCUGUUUGUGGGUAAUGGUUCCAUCAAACCAAAGAGAUUUUACCACAAGUCGCUAUUUCUUUACAUGCCAUUUCUUCAAGAUCGAUUUGAUAACGACUUAUCUACUUUAAAGCCAAAGCAGACGUUAGAUAUCUUGUCACCGCUUAGAAUAUUGCUGAACCCUAAAGUUUUAGUCACGUUAUUGGCUUGUGGUCUACCAUUUGCUAGCUGGACCAUGGCAUUAACAUCCAUAUCCACCAUUUUAGAGGCUAAAUAUAACUACUCGGUUAUCCAUGUAGGUUACAUAUACGUACCUCAAGGUGUGGCUUUAUUGGUUUCUUCGUUCUCAACAGGGCAAUUUUUAAAUUGGUACUAUAAGAGAAGCUUACAGAAGUAUGAGGAUAAGCAUGCAGGCGUACCAGAAGAAGACAGACCUCCAUUCAAUAUUUAUAGGGCGAGGUUAGAUUUAAUGUUCCCUGCGUCAAUGUUAAUGGCUAGUGGGUUGAUUAUAUUUGGCUGGUGCUUACAAUUUAGGCAAAACAUUUCGUCUAUUAUAAUUUCAUCUAUGAUGAUUUCCAUGCCCACUUCAUGCUUCAUCUCAAGUGGAACAACUAUGCUAGUUGAUCUUUACCCUUCUAGAGGUUCCACUCUGACAAGUUGCAUGAACUUGAUGAGGUGCCUUUUGGCUGCACUUUUCUCGGGUGUAUUAUCCAAGAUGACGGAUGCUAUGGGGGUAGGUGGCUGCUACACUUUAAUGGCUGGGUUGUGUUUAGGAUCGUAUGGGUUAUUGUUACUUGUGGUACUUACUGAGAAAAAAGUAUCCAAGGCAGAGUGA